CCUGCAGGAAUCAACAUGGCGGCCCAGAACAGAAACACCAGCUUUGCAUCUGACUUGAAUCCACCUCAAGACCAUGUCGCCUCGCUCCACUUCAACUUCAGUUAUGGUGAUUAUGACCUCCCCCUGGAUGAGGAUGAGGACAUGACCAAGACACAGACCUUCUUUGCAGCCAAGAUUGUCAUUGGUGUGGCGCUGGCAGGCAUCAUGCUAGUCUGUGGCAUUGGCAACUUUGUUUUUAUUGCUGCCCUCGCCCGCUACAAGAAGCUACGCAACCUUACCAACCUCCUCAUUGCUAACUUGGCCGUCUCCGACUUUCUGGUGGCAAUUGUCUGCUGCCCCUUUGAGAUGGACUAUUAUGUGGUACGUCAGCUUUCCUGGGAGCAUGGUCACGUGCUUUGUGCCUCUGUCAACUAUCUUCGUACAGUCUCCCUUUACGUCUCUACCAACGCUCUGCUGGCCAUCGCUAUUGACAGAUACCUCGCCAUUGUCCACCCCUUGAAACCACGGAUGAAUUAUCAGACCGCCUCCUUCCUGAUCGCUCUGGUCUGGAUGGUCUCCAUCCUCAUCGCCAUCCCGUCUGCCUACUUCACCACCGAAACCAUCCUCGUUAUCGUCAAGAAUCAGGAAAAGAUCUUCUGUGGCCAGAUCUGGCCAGUGGACCAGCAGCUCUACUACAAAUCCUACUUCCUCUUCGUCUUCGGCCUUGAGUUCGUGGGCCCGGUUGUCACCAUGACCCUGUGCUACGCCAGGAUCUCCCAGGAGCUCUGGUUCAAGGCCGUACCUGGCUUCCAGACGGAGCAGAUCCGCAAGCGGCUGCGCUGCCGCCGCAAGACAGUGCUGUUGCUCAUGGGCAUCCUCACGGCCUACGUGCUGUGCUGGGCGCCUUUCUACGGCUUCAGCAUCGUGCGAGACUUCUUCCCUAACGUGUUCGUGAAGGAGAAGCACUACCUCACCGCCUUCUACGUUGUUGAGUGCAUCGCCAUGAGCAACAGCAUGAUCAACACCGUGUGUUUCGUGACGGUCAAGAACAAGACCAUGAAGUACUUUAAGAAGAUGCUGCGGCUGCGCUGGCGGCCUUCUCGCUACGGCAGCAAGUCCAGCGCUGACCUUGACCUCAAAACCAGUGGGGUGCCUGCCACGGAGGAGGUGGAUUGUAUCAGGCUGAAGUAGUCUGCUGGUGAUGCCCAAGGGAAAACAAAUUCGAUACUCAGUGUAUCACACGCCAUCAACCACUCACAAGCUACAUGGGGAAAGACAGCUGUAUUCACGCUCUCCUGCCCAAAUGUGUCUGGAUGUUUCUAUGUCCUAACAUACAGCACAAUUGCUAUCUGUGUAACACCUUAAGAGGCUAGACAUAAAUGGCAGCAAGUGACAUGACUGAAUGCCUUCUGUCUGCAAACCACACCAAGAGAUUAUUCGAAGGAACUACAUUUGCUGAUUACCUGCUAUGUGCAGAAAGUCCCCCCCCCCU